UAUGCUUACAUUUCUUCAAGGUUGACAGGAUGUUAGUGUCUUUAUUCAUGCUUGAGCGAUGCUGGUGCCAGCAAGUCAUACAGUGGUUUGUACAAAUAAAUUCCGCAAGUACCUCACUCCCUGACGCCUAAAGAGUUUCACGCUGGACAUCGAAAUGACAGCUCGGGCUUUUAUCUCGAUGCCGAGCAUUCUCCACUCUUUCUGUGGACCUUGGUUCGAGCUUGAGAUGUUUCACGUAAAUAUAACUAUCAGCAGUGUAACUAUAUGAACACACAAGAAAAGAAAACACAUACUUGUGAAUGUAAAUACAGAAGAUAAGGGAACAACAUAGUAGUGAUCCAAUACUGAUAUGACUCUUGGUAUCGCUACUAUCAAUAUUUGUAUGAAUCCCUCCAGCCCUACUGGGUAUGCAAUUAAACUGUGCUACUGUCGGACAUCCAGUGCAACCCUGUAUCAUUAAAAUUAAAUAAAAUUAAGUCAUUGUGUGACCAAUCUUCCACAAAGGGAGAGAAAUGGAAACUAAAUCUACUGUAUCAUGGUACUUGACUUCCUGGUUUCAGUACUUCCCAGUUUGAUGUGUUGAUUUCUUUAAGCAUGUUUCUGUGCAUUCAAGGGUUAUUAUUUAUAGGUUUUGCUGCAAAAAAUAUUUUUUGCCAGCACAGUCCCGAAAAGUGCUCGUGAACAAACUGUGCCUGCAGGUUUUUUUCAAGUAUUUAUGCAUACAUCUGCAUGUAAAAGUUGAAAUACUUAUUUAGAUGCAAAGUGUGACUAAUGCAAAUGUGGUUUUGUAUACAGCCAUGUGUGCAAUGUAUUAUGAUUCUCAAUAGAAAUCCCCACUUGGAGCCAGCAAAUGUAAAUACGGCGUUAUUUUAAGUGAUAGUCUGCUGGAAAUCCCCCACCUAGUUGCAUAAGCUCCGCCCCCCUCCAGCCAAACACAGAGGGCUAAUAAUUAGCAGGCAGCCGCUGCGCUCCUACACGUAGAACCAAGCGCACCUUUUAGCCAACAAGAAGGAGCAGCGAUGGCCCUCCACAGGAACACUUUAAUCAACCAAAUGGAUUACAACCGGGAGCCUAAGGAAGGAAAGCCGACUCACUCGACCGAAGAGCGGUUGGAUAGCGGUUUAGACUCGCUCAAAGAGGAGGACUACCAGGCUGUUGAAGAAGAAAUAUGUCGCCUACAGCUGGAAUGUGAGCCGUCGUGGCACAAACAUUCGGAUGGUGUUGCAGCCGAGCUGCAAGAAUGGAGAACACAAGUGACAGAGGACGGAGACACGCUUCUCCACUUGGCGAUCAUCCACGAGGCGAAGGACUACAUCAGAACAAUGAUCAACCUGUCUAAGAACACAGACUUCCUCAACGUCCAAAAUGACCAGCGACAGACGCCUCUGCAUUUAGCAGUGAUAACAAACCAGUCGGACACGUGUCAGCGUCUCCUGGCAGACGGCUGCGACCCCACGCUGGUGGACGACAGCGGGGAAAUGCCCAUUCACAUUGCCUGUCGCCACGGUAACCUGCCGUGCUUCAGCGUCAUCACGCAGUUCUGUCGUCCGGAGCAUUUACACACGAUGAUGGCGGCCUGCAACUACCAAGGUCAGAACUGCCUCCACUUGGCCUCAGUUCACGGUUUCCUCUCACUGGUGGAGAAUCUCGUGGAUUUAGGAGCUGAUAUCAACUCAAAGGAGCAGCGCAACGGACGCAGUGCCUUGCAUCUGGCCGUCGACCAGCAGAACCUGUCCUUGGUCAGACUGUUGCUGAAGAAAGGAGCAGACGCCAACCUCCUGACGUCCGGAGGCCACACCCCCUUCCACCUCACAUACGGUCGUGAGAAUGAAGACAUCAAAAGGGAGCUGUUUUCGUUGACCCAUCCUGAACUGAGAGAGCUGCCCGACAGCGACUCUGACGACAGCGAGGACGAGGAAGACGGAGAGUCGGAUGAGGAGGUGGGUUACGAUGACAUCCAGUGGAAUGGUCAUUAACACAAAGUCCCAGAAGCAGGAGACCCUGAGAAAGAAGCUGUAGGACAAGAGGAAAUAGCUUGGCACGUCUUCUACUGCCUGCAGUGGCAUCAAGGGAGCCUGGCAGUGCGGCUGAAGCUGUAAAGUCACGGUUGACCGUCUGAUAUCAGCAGCGGACAGCAAAUAAAUACAGAAACGAGGCAGCUGCAGGAGCCGAUCAGAGACUGGUGACCAAAUCAAGCAACGGCGCUGCGGGAGCGCACAGGAACGUACCAUGUGUGGCUCGCCAAUCAUUCACGAGCACAUCCAUUCAAAAUAACAUGUAUGAUAUUGUAAAUGCUGUGUAUACAAAAAUAUUUUUUAUGGAAGCUGUGAAAGUGUACAGUAGGACAGCUUGUAAAUGUUUGACAGCAACACUCCAUUUAAAUUAAAACACUCGUAUUUAACAGGAAAUGUUCUCGUUUGUGUC